AUGGAUGAUGCAGUAGACCAGAGAGACGAGGCAUUAGAUCAGAGAGAUGAAGCAGGCGAUGAAUUGCAUACGGUUCCAGUCAGUGAAGAUGUUGUUGUUGAUUCACCAAGUUCAGAUCCAAUAGAGUUAGACAUUGAUGGUUCUUCUUCUAAUCCAGUUGAUGAAGAUUUGGUUGGUGUUGUUGUAAGUAACGGGGUUGAAGCGUAUGAGUUGUAUAACAAUUAUGCAUAUAGAGUUGGUUUUAGUGUGAGGAAGGGUAAUCAACGGUGCAAGGUAUAUAGCAAAACAGUCCAAAUGAAGAUGUUUAUGUGUUCUAAAGCUGGUUUUAAGGUUAAGGCAAAUGCUGGUGUUAGGGCAUAUUCAAAAAUUGACACAAGGUCAGGGUGUGGUGCAUGUGUUCAGUUUGACGUCGGUGAGGAUGGGUUGUGGACGGUUACAAAACAUGUAAAAGUGCACAAUCACGAGUUAUGUGCUGUAGACAAGAGUCAUCUUCUGCGUUCACAUAGAAAUGUUGGUGAUAAUCAACUGUUAUAUUUAAAAGAUUUGAAGAAGAGUGGUGUUGCAAUGGCAGAUGGUAUUAGGUUCUUGAAACAUCAAGCAGGGGGGUCUCCAUUAGUUGGCUUCACUAAUCGAGAUGCUUAUAAUUCAAUUGCUUCUGAUACAUCAAAGCGUUUGGAUGGAACCGACUAUGCAGUUUUUUUUUGGAGGGAUGGUCGGAUGAGACAAGACUAUGAGUUGUUUGGGGAUUUAUUAGUGCACGAUACAACUUAUCGCACUAAUAAAUAUGAUAUGAUUUGUGGCCCUUUUGUAGGGAUGAACCACCAUUGCAUGAAUGUAAUGUUUGGAUGUGGUUUUCUGAUGAAUGAGAGGAUAGAAUCAUUUGUGUGGCUGUUUAGAGCAUUUUUAAGGUCUAUGAAUGAGAAAUGUCCACAGACUAUCAUGACAGAUCAAUGUGCAUCCAUGGCUGCUGCUAUUUGUCAGGUGUUUCCAACAUCACGUCACCGUCUUUGCAUAUGGCAUAUUGGCGAGAAUUCGAAGAAGCAUAUCAAGGCGUUAAGGAAUAACAAGGAUUUCUUAGAUAUGUUUAACUGUGUGUUGAAAUACACAGAGACUGAAGCUGAGUUUGAAUUUUAUUGGACAAGGUUGGUGACUGACUACAAGUGCCACAAGAAUAGUUGGAUACAAAAGCUGUAUGACUGUAGGGAGAAGUGGUGUCCAGCAUUCAAUAAGGACUAUUUUUCAGGGGGCAUUUUAUCAUCGCAAAGGAGUGAAACUACUAACCAUUCGAUUUCAAGAAGGUUGUCCAAGACUGCAGGUCUAUGUGAUUUUUAUUCAUCGUUUGUUAGUGUAACUUCUGAAUGGAGGAGCAAAGAGAAUGGUGAAGACUUUCGUUGUACUCAAGGGGUACCCAACAUGAUGAUGGAGCACGUGAAACUUCUGUUACACGCUAGAGAGGUAUAUACGAUUGAGAUAUAUUUUUUGUUUGAGGAACAAUUCAUGAAAGGCAAUGCCUGUCAUCAAGAAAUGGUGUUGAAUGAAGGUUGUCAGUUCAAGUAUCACGUAUGGCGUCCAGAUAUAGAUAUUAUAAGGCAUGAAGUCAGUUUUAAGUUGUCAACCUUAGACAUUUCGUGUAGUUGCAAGUUGAUUUCGGAGUUAGGAAUUUUAUGCUGCCAUUGUUUACGCAUUCUUCAUAUACACUGUGUUUCAAGUAUUCCUAACAAAUAUAUCAUGAAAAGGUGGACUAAAAAGGUUGCUGAUGGUAGGGAUGUGAAUACUGGUUCAAUGUUUUGUAGAGCUGGUGUCCCUCCUUCAAUUUGGGUUGUGGAGAUUUGCAGAAAGUUUCAAAGAUUGAUUUCAUCUAGUCAAGAUAACAGUGUAACUAGGCAGUUCUGUGAUGAAGCAGUUGAGGAAGCAAAGAAAAAGGUUGAAGCUGAGAUUAGCUAUGUGCAAAUUGAAGAGUGCGGUGUUUCAUCUUCAAGUGGUGUCAUUCAAAAUCCUUCAAACCGGAGAUCAAAAGGUGAGCGUAACGUAAGGAGGAGUAGUGUUAUUGAAAAGAAGUACAGUGCUGCAAGGGGGAGGAGGAGUGCUGCAAAUAAAGUUGCUUCGAGUACAAAAGGUGCUGUUCAGUCGUUGGUUUUGGAAAGUCUAUCUGAGAUUGCCGGGGAUGGGUACCUUGUACAUCCAAGUUUUGGGAGUUCGGAGUUUUGUCAGUAUAGUAAUGAUGUAGAUGAUAAUGCAGUUGUAGAUUGA